ACUUCUGCAGAGUUUCCCCACUACUGCCACACCAGAGGUUGUGGUCAAGUUGGAUUGUUUUAACACAGAUCAGCAAAAAACACCAGAGCUUUGACCCAAGGAAGAAGAGCAAACCAAACCCCAUUAAACCUUUCAAAUACAAUCUCUUUCAUCAUCAUCAUCAUCUUCUUCUUCUUCUUCUUAAUUCAGCUAUGAAAUCUUCAUAUGUUGUUGAUAUUUUGCUCUAAUGGGUGUGAGAGAAAAAGUCACACCACUACCUUGUACUAUAAUUUUAUUUAAAUAAACAAUCCGCCAAUUUAUUGCACCUUUUUUUUAUUAAAAGAAAAAAAAACUAAAAAAGAAGGUACACGCUCCACUCUCACUCACUCACUCACUCACUCGUUCACCUUACAUUCUCUCCCUUUUUUCUUUCCAAUACUUAACUUUAUUUUCUCAUCAGAAAGUUGAAGCCUUUUUUUGCUCUUGAGUUUAUCCAUGGAUUCUUAUGAAGCUAGUCGGACUGUAUUUUCAAGGAUCCAAAGUUUGGAGCCUGAAAAUGCUUCAAAAAUUAUGGGUUACCUUUUGAUACAAGACUAUGGUGAGAAGGAGAUGAUUCGUUUGGCUUUUGGACCAGAGAACCUUCUGCAAAAUCUUAUCCUCAAAGCCAAAACCCAAUUGGGACUUUUGACAAAGCCUCUAACAACAACACACACACCCUCUUCUCCUUCACCUUUCAACCCCAUCUCUAGGCCCAACCCUUUAUCGCUCUCCUCCUCUUCUUCUUCUUCGUCUUCUUCAAGAAUCGUUAGCAAUGGCUAUGACUUGAGUAACCCACCAACUCCAUCUUCAAAUACUUGGCCUAGUUCCCCAAGUUCUGGUCCUGCCCUUUCUUACGCCAGUGUUGUGAACAACAGAACUAGUGCUAACACAAAUUCUGGGUCUUUUUCUUCAUCCACUUUAUCGUCUUUGCCUACUGCAUAUAACUCGACAAGUGACCCUUUUUAUGAAUACCCAGUUCAGGAUAAUGCUCUUUAUCUUAGCAGCAGUGCAAAGACUGAUGAUUUAUUCGAUCCACGACUCGACUGGGCUUCAAUGGCCGCAAACCCAAGUGACUACGACGAUUUGCAGAAGCAGAGCUACUCAGCUCCUGGGUUGUAUUUUGGGUCCGAAGACGCCAAUUCUGGCUUUGGAUGCAGACCCUGUUUGUACUACGCAAAAGGGUUCUGCAAAAAUGGUGAAACUUGCAGAUUCGUCCAUGGAGAUUCGACUGCUGAAGCUUUUAACACUGUUGGUUCCCCAAACAACAGUCUCAGUGAGCACGAACAGUGCCAAGAGCUACUCAGACUUAAUGCUGCUGCUCAGCAACAGAAACUAGCCUCAGCUUCACAGUUCAUGGCUGGUGCUUCUUUCCCGUACGACAACAAGUGCCUCAACUUGCUGAUGCAACGACAGAUUGAGAACCAAAGAUCACCAACAGCUGCAAUGAUGAUGGGUGAUGACUUUCACAAGUUCGGACGAUGUCGUUUUGACCGGAACGAACUUUCAACUAUUAACAUGGGAGGUGUGAACCCGAGUUCUAGACAAAUCUACUUGACAUUCCCAGCUGAUAGUACAUUCAGAGAAGAAGAUGUCUCUGGUUACUUUAGUAUCUAUGGACCAGUCCAAGAUGUAAGGAUCCCAUAUCAGCAAAAAAGAAUGUUUGGGUUUGUGACAUUUGUAUAUCCAGAUACUGUGAAGCUCAUCUUGGCCAAAGGGAACCCACAUUUUGUUUGUGAUUCACGGGUGCUUGUGAAGCCUUACAAGGAAAAGGGGAAAAUUGUAGAGAAAAAACAACAGCAGCAGCAGCUGGAGAGUGGAGACUAUCCACUAAGUUCAAGCCCAUCUGGGCAUGAUUAUGAUCACCAUCAUGGAGGACCAAGAAUGUUUUACAACACCCAAGAGAUGUUACUCAUGAAAAAGCUGGAGGAGCGUGCUAGUUUUCAGCAAGCAAUUGAACUUCAUGGGAGGAAAUUGAUGAACCUGCAACUAAUGGACCUCAAAAAUAUCAAUCAUCAUCGCCAUGAUCAAUUUCGUCGCAGCUUAUCCUGUGUCUCAUCAAUUCCCUCUCCAUCUGCUUUAUCAUACUCACCUAAUAACCAAGUUCACCUUGUUUCAUCUGAUAAAACCGAACAAGAAGUUUCUAAAGAGAAUAAUGAUAAGUCAGCUGCAACACUUUUGCAAAAUGCUGGUUUAGAUGCUAAACAGCAGCUGGAGCUUGAUCUAAAUCCAGCUUGCAACCCCAUAAAUGGCAGCCAGGAUAACAGUGGCAAUGGCAAAAUUUUAGCUAAAACUGAAGAAAGUGAUCUCAAUGAGAGCAUAGAGCACAACCUCCCUGAUAGCCUCUUUGCCUCUCCUAAGAAAUCAGCUAACCGCACCACCGCCUUCUCCGAUGCUUCUGAGGAGUCCAAUGAAAUGGCCAAGACCUCAUUACUCUCCACUUCUUCCAUCAACAUAUCUUCUCCAAAAUCUGUUUUUACCAAAUGCACAGGUACUGUCGUUUCUUGCCCAGGCUUCAUAGGGAGACACUUUUAGAACACUGCCAUUUUCGAUGAAGGGGGGAAAAAUUUAUUUCUUAAUUUAUGUUUGUGGGUAGGUAUUCUUCUUGGUAUGGAACCACUGGAAUGUAAUUAAUGGAGUUGAGUAACAUGGGCAGCAAUGGGGAUCUUCACUUUGCAAG